GGUGCUAGGUGGUGUGCAUCAGCAACGUUUAUUAUGUUGCCGAUGUGAUCAACGAUGCGAUGGGAAUGGUACGGUCUGUUAUUCUUGGACAUUAUGGCGUCAAUGACUCUGCAGAAAGCCAUUUCGUGCUCGGAAGAAGCUACAUUUGCUUGUAGUUCUCUCUCAUUCGCCACUAUGAUCCACAAAUUCUAUUCAUUGACUUUGCCCCAGAUCUGUGUCUCGAUCAAAGGGUUCUUCUGUCCAGGCCUGCCCUGUGUUGCACUUAGCGGGGAUCGAACCUGCUUGUCCGCCUCGUGUGUCCUGGUAGGCCAUGACUUCCUCUGGAUCGUUUCCUUUGUCACCCAGUCCGCGUUUGCCGAACCCCGCAAGUCUCGGCCAGAUCCCAAUGUACCGAUGUAUGUGGCAAUACCUACAUGCCGAUAUCAGCAAUCUGGAAACAUAUGGAGGAGUGCGAGGAGUCCAUGGAUACGAUCAAAAAGGCAGUGGCAUCUGGAAAGAUCUUUGGGACACCUUCAAUGGUAGUGAUCACUAACGCGGGAUAGAAACCGUCAGGUAAAGAGGAAUCUUCCGCGGGCUUUCCGCGGAUAUUAACGUACCAUAAAAUGGUACAUAGAUAUGGAGAAGGGCAUUGAAAGGCUCAUCCAUUAUGUGGACCAUCUGAAAGACCGCUUCAUAAUUCCAAUUCCAGGGUCUUCGGCCAAACAGAUCACUCGUUAGCCAUCUGCAGAGGGAAG